UGGUGAUCUUGACUCGGUCAAGACUCUACUUGAUAGGGACUUCAUCUACAGAAAGACACCAGAUGACGAUGACAGAACUUCUAAUAGAAGUAGAAAAGUUUCCUCAACUACAAAGACGUGGGAUCCUCGGUACUUUCUGUGCAAGCGUGGUUCCAACGCCUUUCACUGGGCCUGUAGCAGCGGCAAUCAAGAACUCGUUGAGUUUUUGUACAGGUGGAUGGAGAAUCAAGAAAGCUCUGCUUCUGAACACGACUGUCCUCUUGGAAAUGGAGAACAACUGCUUGACGAAGAUAGAGAACCAGAGGACGUAACGGUGAGACGAACACGAUCGACAUCCAAAACUGCAGCCACACUUUUGAAUGCCAAGAACAAGGAUGGUCGGACGCCGCUUAUGUUCGCAUGCAAGUAUGGCCAUCUCGAGGUGCUCCGAUUCUUGGUUCAGGAUCUUCCUACAGACGCUGUCGACAUUUCCGCGGUCUCCACCGAUGGCUCCAACGCUUUCGACUGGGCUAUAUUUGGUGGGAACAUGGACUUGAUCCGCUUUUUCC